AUAACCCUUAUAUGAUGACGAAGUGUUUUAACGCCCACCAUGGAUGCCUAAUUCAGCUAAGCAAAGGACAGAGGUCCGCAGGUGCAAUUAAGUUGCUUAAAUUAAUAUUAACGCAUUAAUUCGGGUUGAUUAAUCGCGCGUUAAUGUUCACAGUACUAUUAAAAAUAUAAACAAAAAUGGCAAAACUAGAUUAUUUAUUUGAGUCAAUAGCAGUUUUCCGGAGCCGCAGGUUGCAGACCCCUGGAUCAGAUGCUGGAUCAGAUGCUGGAUCAGAUGCUGUGGGCUGGUCAGACCACAUGAGACUCUGGGAGGGCCGAGCAGUCCGCGCGCUCCUCUCUCCAGCGCGCUCACGCACGCAGAGCGGUCAGGGCGCGCGUCGGUGUGGGACCCCCCCUCCUCCUUCCUCGCUCUUUGUCGCGUCGGUGUUGGAAGGCGCGGAUAACCCCGCGAGCAGACAAUAAGCGGGCCUAAAUCGGGAUCUCCCCAGCUGUCAGCGGCAGAACCGUGAACAGGUGGCUCCUUCUGCGCCCCGGCGCGGCGCGUCAAGGCGCGUCAAGGCGCACGGACCCUCAACAGCUUGUCUGGCGCGCUAAUCUCCUCUCUGACGACAGCGCCUCCAACCCGCGUGCGUAAAACCGGGAGUGCAGCUGCUUUGGGAGGGGGAUCUCAUCAGUCAUCGGGAUUUUACUCAGUGUUCCUCACGAAGUCGAACUCGAGGAAAUUCUGCUUCGGUUUCGCGGCUGGACCUGCAGAUCUGGAUUAAAAUGAUUUGGAUUUUAUAAUUUCUCCAAGUUUGGAUUCCUAAAACUGUCUGAGGAUGUUGCCAGAAAUAAAUAACAAGACGUCACGAACGGAGGCGUUCCCUCACCCGCACAGACUCCCGGCCGAGGGCAGCCGCUUCGGGACCGCCCAGCCCUGCUCACAGUCUCGUUUGCAGAAGUUCGGCUCCAGUCGGGGGACGCUGCCGCAGCUGGAGCCUCCGGUGGUCCAGCUGGUGGUCAGCAAUGCCAAAAACCAGCAGCAGCAGUCCGACAACAUCCUGCCCCAAAUCGGCACCAAAGGGGGUCAGAACAACUACCAGUCCCACUCGCAGGAAGAGCGGCUGAAGCCGGCUCAGCAGUUCGCCAUGCGCUUCGGAGCAGCCAUCGACAGGGCGCCCGCCGCACGCAACACCAAGAGCUUUAGCAACAAGACGGAGAAGGAGAAGGCCUGCGAGGGCCAAAGGUUACCCAUGUCGCCCUCAGAGGCUUUGAACAGCUUCCAGGAGCGUCUGACGGAGUUCGAGCAGGAGGAAAUCAACGACUACGCGGAGGUCUGGUUUCUGGGUCUGGGCUCCCAGAAAAUCGAGGGUUCUCAGGGAGCGCCGCAGAACUCGGGAUACGACGACGAGCACGGGAGUUACAUCAGGGUGCUGCACGACCACAUCGCCUACAGGUUUGAGGUUCUGGAGGUCAUCGGGAAAGGUUCCUUCGGCCAGGUCCUAAAGUGUUUGGACCACAAGACCAACGAACUCGUAGCCAUCAAGAUGAUUCGCAAUAAGAAAAGGUUUCACCACCAAGCUCUUGUGGAACUGAAGAUCUUGGAGGUCAUAAAGAAGAAAGACAAAGACAAUCUGCACAACGUCAUCCACAUGAAGGAGUACUUCUACUUCAGGAAUCAUCUCUGCAUCUCCUUUGAGCUUCUGGGGGUGAACUUGUACGAGCUGAUAAAAAAAAACAACUUCCAGGGCUUCAGCCUGGCGCUCAUCCGCCGCUUCGCCCACGCUCUCCUGAGGUGUCUGCAGAUGCUGCACAAGGAGAAGAUCAUCCACUGCGACCUGAAGCCGGAGAACAUCCUUCUGUCUCAAAGAGGGCCGGGGAACAUCAAAGUGGUCGACUUUGGGUCAAGUUGCUACGAACAACAAAGAGUGUACACCUACAUCCAGAGUCGCUUCUAUCGCUCGCCUGAGGUCAUCCUGGGUCACCCCUACAGCAUGGCCAUCGACAUGUGGAGUCUGGGCUGCAUCCUGGCCGAGCUCCACACCGGCUAUCCUCUCUUCCCCGGAGAGAGCGAGGUGGAGCAGAUCGCUUGCAUAAUGGAGGUUCUUGGAAUGCCUCCAAAUGAUUUUGUUCAGUCAGCUUCACGACGAAAGCUGUUUUUUGACUCUAAAGGAAACCCGAGGAACAUCACCAACAGCAAAGGGAAGAAGCGAAGGCCCAACUCCAAGGAGCUGUCAGCCGCCCUGAAGACGACUGAUCCUCUGUUUCUGGAGUUCAUCCGACGCUGCCUCGCUUGGGAUCCAACAAAGCGAAUGACUCCUGACGAGGGUUUACAGCACCAGUGGAUCCUGGAAGGGAAUUUUAACCGAGAGCGAUCCAGAGCGAAAACAACCGUCAAGAAGACCUCAGACACGCCGACCAGCGCAGACAGAGCCAACAGCAAGUCAGAGAAAGUCAGCUCGGAGAGCAGCAGCAAGGAGAGCCUGAGGAGGGACAGCUCCACCGCCGGAUCCAAGAUGGCCUCCGCCGAGCGUCUGCGGCCCAUCGGAGCUUCGGCCGAGGACGAGGCCUGCGAAAGUGUCGGCAAGUUCUCCACAGACUCGGAGGAACAAGGAAGCAGCGGGGAGCGGUCUGUCCACAUCGUCAUCAAGCCGGACGAGGACACGGACCGGGAGGACAGCGAGGAACCCACCAAGUCUUAGCGCGUCGCUGCGUCAACGUGAGAAGGAACAUGAGAGUCAAAAAAGACGAUUAAAUUGUAAAAAAUAGCUUUUAAAAAGUAUGUUGGAUGAGAUGGAGGAUGCAGAAAAGGAUGGGAUCAAAUCAGGAUCAGCGUAAAGAGAACGAAAAAACAGAUUGAAAACUUUAAAAAAAAGACAUUGUAACUGAAAAAAGUGGAAAAAUUGAAAACAAGACAUUGUAAAUUUGGGAAAAAAAGAAA